AAUGAGUGGGAUUCUGGAGGUUUAUGACGCAAAGCGUACGGACAAUCUCAUCAUCACCCUCGAGGGAAUUUCUGGAUCCGAAACGAUCAAAGCUAUCAAGAAGCGAAUUGCCCAGAAAAAGCUGAAACUCACCGAAGAACGUCAGGCUCUCCGUGUCGAACCAAAGGGUAAACCAUUGGCUGAUGACCAAAAACUCUCCGAUCUUGGACUUUCAUCUCAAAAAGCAGUUUUAUAUGUAAGAGAUCUCGGACCACAAAUCGCCUGGAAGACUGUCUUCAUGGCUGAGUAUGCUGGACCUUUGUUCGUUUAUCCGCUUUUCUAUCUUCGACCAACUUUCAUUUAUGGACAAGCCGCUGUCAAUGCUACCAUGCAUCCAGCAGUACAAAUCGCCUUCUUUGCAUGGAGCUUCCACUACGCCAAGAGAUUGUUCGAAACUCAAUUCAUCCAUAGAUUCGGAAACUCGACUAUGCCACAGUUCAAUUUAGUCAAGAACUGCUCCUAUUACUGGGGAUUCGCUGCCUUCGUCGCCUACUUUGUCAAUCACCCACUUUUCACACCACCAGCUUUCGGAGAUCUUCAGGUUUAUUUCGGACUUGCCGGUUUCGUGAUUUCGGAGUUUGGAAAUCUCUCGAUCCACAUUCUUCUCCGCAACCUCCGUCCAGCUGGAACCCGCGAACGUCGUAUUCCAAAGCCUGAUGGAAAUCCACUUUCUCUCCUCUUCAACUACGUUUCGUGCCCGAACUACACAUAUGAGGUCGCAUCAUGGAUCUUCUUCUCCAUUAUGGUCCAAUCUCUUCCAGCAAUCAUCUUCACCACCGCUGGAUUCGCUCAAAUGGCAAUCUGGGCCCAAGGAAAGCACCGCAACUACCUCAAGGAGUUCCCAGAUUACCCAAAAAAUCGCAAGGCCAUCGUUCCAUUUGUUCUCUAAAUUAUCGCAUUUGCGCCGAAUAUUUAUUGUAUUUUUCAUGUACUCUUGCAGUUCUAUUAUUACCAAUCCGCUUAUUUCAAUCAGUAAUUUAUUAAAUAGACAAUUUCUCCAGAUAAAUGUUUGCUUGAAAA